CCCUCGCUCUCGCGCGGUGCACGAGCCCGCGCACAGCUCCGGCCCCAGCCCCCGCGCGUCAGCACAGGUUUCCGGGCAGGACCCCGCACCGCGCUGCGGGCUCACACGCACGGCCCCGCUCGCGCGCGCGCAAACGCAGGCGCACACUCCGCUCUGCGUCGGGGAGCGGGGGCGGCGGGAGGCGCAGGGGACUCGGCCGACCUCGGGCUCCGCAGCCGCCGCAGUCACCGCAGCACGGGCACCGCGUCCUCUGGGCGGCGGGCGCUUCAGCACCGCGGACAGUGUCCCGCGGGGUCCGGUGGGCGCCGCCCGAGCCUGGCCCGCCGCGGCCCGAGCCCAUGAGCACCAUGCGCCUGCUGACCCUGGCCCUGCUCUUCUCCUGCUCCGUCGCCCGCGCCGCCUGCGACCCCAAGAUCGUCAACAUUGGCGCGGUGCUGAGCACACGCAAGCACGAGCAGAUGUUCCGCGAGGCGGUGAACCAAGCCAACAAGCGCCACGGCUCCUGGAAGAUCCAGCUGAACGCCACCUCCGUCACGCACAAACCCAACGCCAUCCAGAUGGCCCUGUCGGUGUGCGAGGACCUCAUCUCUAGCCAGGUUUAUGCCAUCCUCGUUAGCCACCCACCCACCCCCAACGACCACUUCACCCCCACCCCCGUCUCCUACACAGCUGGCUUCUACCGGAUCCCUGUGCUGGGACUGACCACACGCAUGUCUAUCUACUCUGACAAGAGCAUCCACCUGAGCUUCCUGCGCACCGUGCCGCCCUACUCUCAUCAGUCGAGCGUGUGGUUUGAGAUGAUGCGCGUCUACAGCUGGAACCACGUGAUCCUGCUGGUCAGCGAUGACCACGAGGGCCGCGCGGCGCAGAAACGCCUGGAGACGCUGCUGGAGGAGCGCGAGUCCAAGGCAGAGAAGGUGCUGCAGUUCGACCCGGGAACCAAGAAUGUGACAGCUCUGCUGAUGGAGGCACGGGAGCUGGAGGCCCGGGUCAUCAUCCUCUCGGCCAGUGAGGACGACGCGGCCACUGUGUACCGUGCAGCUGCCAUGCUGAACAUGACUGGCUCGGGCUACGUGUGGCUGGUGGGCGAGCGUGAGAUCUCGGGGAACGCCCUGCGCUACGCCCCGGAUGGCAUCAUCGGGCUGCAGCUCAUCAAUGGCAAGAACGAGUCUGCACACAUCAGUGACGCAGUGGGCGUGGUGGCACAGGCGGUGCACGAGCUGCUGGAGAAGGAGAACAUCACAGACCCGCCGCGCGGCUGCGUGGGCAACACCAACAUCUGGAAGACUGGGCCACUCUUCAAGAGGGUGCUGAUGUCCUCCAAGUACGCGGAUGGCGUCACCGGCCGCGUGGAGUUCAACGAGGAUGGUGACCGCAAGUUCGCCAACUACAGCAUCAUGAACCUGCAGAACCGGAAGCUGGUGCAAGUGGGCGUCUACAACGGCACCCACGUCAUCCCGAAUGACAGGAAGAUCAUCUGGCCCGGCGGCGAGACUGAGAAGCCUCGGGGCUACCAGAUGUCCACCAGACUGAAGAUAGUUACCAUACACCAAGAGCCCUUCGUGUACGUGAAGCCUACGCUGAGCGACGGCACGUGCAAGGAGGAGUCCACUGUGAACGGCGACCCGGUCAAGAAGGUCAUCUGCACUGGGCCCAACGACACGUCGCCGGGCGGGCCGCGCCACACGGUGCCACAGUGCUGCUAUGGCUUCUGCGUGGACCUGCUCAUCAAGCUGGCACGCACCAUGAAUUUCACCUACGAGGUGCACCUGGUGGCUGACGGCAAGUUCGGCACUCAGGAGCGGGUAAACAACAGCAACAAGAAGGAGUGGAACGGGAUGAUGGGCGAGCUGCUGAGCGGGCAGGCGGACAUGAUCGUGGCCCCGCUGACCAUCAACAACGAGCGCGCCCAGUACAUCGAGUUCUCCAAGCCCUUCAAGUACCAGGGCCUGACCAUCCUGGUCAAGAAGGAGAUCCCGCGCAGCACGCUGGACUCAUUCAUGCAGCCCUUCCAGAGCACCCUGUGGCUGCUCGUGGGGCUGUCAGUGCACGUGGUGGCCGUGAUGCUGUACCUGCUGGACCGCUUCAGCCCCUUCGGCCGGUUCAAGGUGAACAGCGAGGAGGAGGAGGAGGACGCGCUGACCCUGUCCUCCGCCAUGUGGUUCUCCUGGGGUGUCCUGCUUAACUCUGGCAUCGGGGAAGGCGCCCCUCGGAGCUUCUCGGCGCGCAUCCUGGGCAUGGUGUGGGCCGGCUUCGCCAUGAUCAUCGUGGCCUCCUACACCGCCAACCUGGCGGCCUUCCUUGUGCUGGACCGGCCCGAGGAGCGCAUCACGGGCAUCAACGACCCGCGGCUGCGGAACCCGUCGGACAAGUUCAUCUACGCCACGGUGAAGCAGAGCUCGGUGGACAUCUACUUCCGGCGGCAAGUGGAGCUCAGCACCAUGUACCGGCACAUGGAGAAACACAACUAUGAGAGCGCGGCCGAGGCCAUCCAGGCCGUGCGGGACAACAAACUGCAUGCCUUCAUCUGGGACUCUGCCGUGCUGGAGUUCGAGGCGUCGCAGAAAUGUGACCUGGUGACCACGGGCGAGCUCUUCUUCCGCUCGGGCUUCGGCAUUGGCAUGCGCAAGGACAGUCCCUGGAAGCAGAACGUGUCACUGUCCAUUCUCAAGUCCCAUGAGAACGGCUUCAUGGAGGACCUGGACAAGACGUGGGUGAGGUACCAGGAGUGUGACUCCCGCAGCAACGCCCCGGCAACCCUCACCUUUGAGAACAUGGCAGGGGUCUUCAUGCUGGUGGCCGGGGGCAUCGUGGCUGGUAUCUUCCUGAUCUUCAUCGAGAUUGCCUACAAGCGACACAAAGAUGCACGCCGGAAGCAGAUGCAGCUGGCCUUCGCGGCCGUGAACGUGUGGCGGAAGAACCUGCAGGAUAGAAAGAGUGGUAGAGCAGAGCCUGACCCUAAAAAGAAAGCCACUUUUAGGGCUAUCACGUCCACCCUGGCUUCCAGCUUCAAGAGACGUAGGUCCUCCAAAGAUACGGUAAGGGGGAGAGUGCCCGUCCGUCUCCGACUGCUCCCUCCCCCGCCCUCCGUGUCUGUCUGCCCUGUCCCUCCGCCCCGCGCCCGAGCCGGGCCUGCACCCACACGGGCCCUGUGCCGCCCUCCAGGCCGCCACCCGGCCACCUCCCCGUGUGUCUCCCAUGAGUCUGCCCCGCCCCCAUGCCAUGACCCACACGCCAUCGAAGCCGUGUCUGUCUUGGUCAGCCAGCCAGCCUCACGCCGUGCCCGUGUCGGGAGGCCAGGCCACUGCCCCGCGAAGCCUCCCGCAGGGGGCCUGCCGCCCUCACCCCAGGCCCGCGGCGGCCCCUUAGGGGCGGCUGUGAUGUCCCAUCCCGUCCGUCUGUCUGGCCGCCGGCCCCGCCCCCAGACACCUGUCUCACCUCUCGCCAGAGCCAUGCCUGUCGCAUCCUCCAUGUGGUCUCUGUGUGGGCUGGGGGCUGGGCGGCCGGGGCCUGGACAUGGGGGACAGUGCCAGGCGGGGGAUGGGUGGCACUGUGUGGGUGGCAGCAGCCCCUAGGGCUCCAAGCACAGGGAGGGCAGCCCGCAGAGUCCCCGGCCACCAAGGCUCCCGAUGGGAAGUGGCCCCCAGCCCAGGGCUACUGCUGCAGCCGGGCCUGUGGAGCUGGGCCCUUUACCUCCUGCCUGCCUUGGGCAGCUUAUCUGGGUACUGACUACCAGCUAGGCAUGCCUGGGCUGGAGGUCCCUGAGACAGACCCAGCCUGGCUGGAGGCGGCAUGGCAGGGAGGUACCGCCCAGAGCCAGCUAUCCAGGGACCGACUUAGCCUCUGGCCUCCAGGAAAGCCCUGGACCCCAAGGGGGUCAAUGCCCCAGGCAGCAAGUGGGGGCUGCAGCCGCCCCCCAGCGCAGGCCCAGGCUCCCGGUGCCCCAGGAAGGCUGUGAGGCCC